AUGGCUUCUAUCCGUUCGAUUUUACUUGUGAUUGCCCUGGCUCUCCAAGGCAGUGAGGCACUGCCUGAUUGUCAAGGCUACAUCCACAGUGGUACAAUCGCUUAUUUCAACAGCGCUCCCAUCACCUUUAGCUAUGAGCUUGCAACAGCCUUGGAUUGCCAAAGAUGGUGUGAGAAGGUAUCAACAUGCCAAGCAUGGCUCUAUGUUGACCAGUCAAAUCAAUGUGACCUGCAUCGUACGAAGGCGUUGAGCGUUUCGGAUAAUGCAGGAUUCAUCUUUGGCGGGUGCACGCCUAGAGCGGCCAAUGAAUCUCCAACAACUUCUACUCCUAGCUCUUCGUUGCACUCCGCUGUUAUCAGUACUGCAAGAACAUCAGAGAUUGCUUACUCGGUUCGUUCUCAUUCUUUUCAAGCAUGUUGCUCUGGACCUACGGCUAACGUGAUUCUGCUCUCGAAGGCUCAUGCUAGACGCGAAAUCCUCCGUCAUAAGCAGAAGGGUCACCACCAAAAGCUUUAA